AUGACGUCUUUCCCAACCAGUUUGGCAGAAGCACUUGACUUGCCCAUUCCCAAUGAGAAGCAAUGUUCAGUGAAUCUCUCAACCGAUAUAGCCUUCGGAGGAGUGAGCUCCGGCGGCUACAUAGCCUGCGUAAUGGCCAAAUAUGCCACUUUAUACGCGUCAAAGCAUCCAAAACUAAACAAGCAAUCUGAUAUUCGAUCAUCAACAGUCAUGUUCUACAGACCCGUUGUCCCGACAAAGUCGGCUGUAAUGGUCCUUCGUGAAGUCAGCAUCGGGAAAGCCUGGUCUACUCUCCGCGUUGAAAUCUCCCAAGGUGAGAAAAUCGCAGCUUCAUCAGACAUAACAAUCACCUCCUUCUCUGUCCCGGGUAUCACUCUUCAAACAGGCUGGAAUCUUUUCCCGCCCCCACGCCAAGUAGACCUCCUGAAACUGGAGAAAGGCGAAGACCCCGCAUGGACGUCGUACCAGACAGCGUUCUAUCCAGAUGGCUUCCGCCGUGGACACUCUUAUAUUCGGAACUUCAUUCCGAAGACCUGGUCUGCUGAUAAUUCAUUUGUGGAACAAUGGGUUCUACCAGGAUGGGACUGUGAGCCGCUAGGCUCCUGUGCGAAGCCAGAGAACGAAAAAGCACUUUGGACAAACGAUAUGGUUCAGUUCAUCGUUGAUAAUGGUCUUCCUGUCCAAGAAAAUUAUAUGCCUCUGGUUCCUGGAAAAUCAUUGCCGAUGGGCAGUGUGGCUGCUACGCUGGCCUUUGCGGCCGCGCAGGAAAAGGCGCGCAAUGAGGGGAACCCGCAAUGGAGGGCUCUUCGUGAUGACGGAUCGAAGAAGAUAAUGGUACAAACUGUUCAUGUGACUUUGUCUAUGUCUACUGAGAUUAAGAAGAAUUUACCAAGGGAGGGAGUUCGAUGGCUCUAUCUCCGGACUGAGGCGAAGCAUAUUGAGAAUGGGAGGAUGGAUCUUGAAAUUCUUCUUUACGAUGAGAAGAUGGAAUUGGUUGCAGUUAAUAAUCAGGUUGCGCAAAUUAUUCCGGCUAUGGGGAAGAGCAAGAAGGGAGAUGAUUCACGACUAUGA